AUGUCCCGCUUAGCAUCACCAGCAAUGGUGUUGACGUCGGCAGUGCCCAUGUCAAAAACCACCGCUUCUAGCAGCACCACCACCAACAACAAUAGCAUCACUGAGACUGGUUCCACAUCUCCCGCUCCAUCAAAUCAAUCUUCACACCACAUAGACCCCAAACAAGACCUACAUGGAAUGACACUAAGUUCAGUCUGCUCAUUAUCAGUUUAUCCCACCCCAUACCUCGAAUUCAAUUUACAUUUACCGUCGUAUACGUCAACCGCAUUGCACAACCACAAGUAUCUUGCUAUUCAUCUUAUGCCACCAACGCACCAAAGUGCCAAAACUUGUCGUGUGUUCGCCAAAGGCGUCAAAUUGAAUAAGCGCGGCACUAAAUGGACCAGUAGCGAACCAGAUGCAAAAGCAGUAGUGGCCAAUGACAGUGACGGUGACAUCAAGAAUGACAAAAAUGGUAUCGUUGAUUCUUGUGAAAAUUACGAUGACGAUGACGAUGGUGAAUUUUUCCAUGAAAUGACAACUCCAUUCACCGAUUUGGUCGAAGGGCGGGAUUAUACAUUCAUCAAACGAGAACAAGAUGGCAUCGCAAUACCAGUCUUGACUCAUGCUGAAGUGAUUUUCACUUGCAAAGCCACACAUAAUUUCACCAUUGAUGAUCACGAAAUCUGGGUUGCUCAAGUGAUCGAUAUCAUCAAUAGUAGUACUGGUAAAACGGGUGGGAUCUUGUACUUCAAUAAAGGAUUUCAUAAAGUUGGUGAGUCGAUAUCGGAAGAAUAA